AUGGACAGUCGUCCCUCGAAAAGACGCCGAUCCGACAAGGAUGGAACUUCUGUAUCAAGGUCUCGCUCUAGAAAAUCCACAGUUGGUAUCAGUGAAUCAACCUCUGAACCCGUCGCCCUGUCCUCUCGUCCAAAACCCGCCGAAUCGUACACAUCAACCCGUGUUCCUUCGUGCUCACCCUCUCCCAUUAAAAAAGCCAAGUCGUCACCGAAGCCAGAUUCAAAGUCCAAGUCCUUGCAUACCUUUUUCCAACCAGCGACAGAAGGACAACGGUGGGCUCCCCCGCCCGAGAAGAAACAAGCCCUCGCAACGGUCACAGAAACAGUGGAUGUCGAUUUAAUCGAAGACGACUAUGAUUCCUACGAUGAGAUAUUUACGCAGCAUCUGGCUAAAGAGCGGACGGGUCCGACCACUAGCGUGAGCUCCAAGACGCGUCCUCCUGCGCCUAAACCUCCACCCAAACCGCGAAGAAAGACACAAGCGAGACGAUUUAUUCUACCCCCGGACGAAACGAAUGGGGAAACAAAGAAACCGGCAAAGUCCCAGCCGGCUGGGGUACCUGACCGGCGACCAUGGGCUCAACGAUUCGCCCCAGCCAAUCUAGGCGAGUUGGCUGUUCAUAAGAAAAAGGUCUCCGAUGUGCAACAUUGGUUGGAAGACGCCUUUUCAGGGAGACGGCCUGAGAGGUUACUCGUCCUGCGCGGUCCGGCGGGCAGUGGGAAAACCACCACUAUAAAUCUUCUUUCCGAAUCACUUGGUUAUGAUAUUAUCGAAUGGAAGAAUCCCCCGGUUUUGGAUUUUGGAUCCCCGGACUAUCAAUCUGUGAGCGCUCACUUUGACGAAUUCCUUGGACGUGGUGAUAAGUUUGGAGGACUUGACCUCGACGGUACCGACAAUUUCGAUGCCCAGCAAGAGAGCUCUCGGGAUCAUCGAAUCCUGCUUGUCGAAGAGUUUCCAACGGUACUUACUCGGGGUUCCUCUCACAUCACGGCUUUUCGAGCGUCUCUUCAGCGCUAUUUGGCUGCCGCGGCGACUGAUCAUGCACUUGGCAAGGCUGGGUUGGCCCAUCCGCCUAUUGUUAUUAUUGUAUCGGAAACGUUGCUGGGGUCUGCAUCCUCAAUCUCGGACAGCCUAACAGUUCAUCGAUUACUUGGGCCAGUCAUCUACAAUCACUCCGGGACGACUAUUCUCGAUUUUAAUGCCAUCGCGCCUACAUUCAUGCAAAAAGCUUUGCGAUCUAUCCUCGAAAGAGAAUCGCACGAUUCCAAACGUGUACAACUUCCCGGCCCAAGUGUCAUCGACAAAAUCUCCGAAAUCGGAGAUAUUCGCAGUGCAAUAUCAUCACUUGAAUUCCUUUGUUUAAAGAGAGACGGCGCCGGUAAAUGGGGUGGUAAUGCAGUCAAAACGAAGAAGGCCAGAGCCGAAGUCGCUUUGACGGCGAUGGAGCAAGAGUCUCUCAAGAUGGUUACGCAGAGAGAGGCCAGUUUGGGUAUGUUCCAUGCCGUUGGAAAGAUAGUAUACAACAAACGGAUGGAUCCCAGUCUCAUCGAGGAUGAUGGCGAGAUUCUUCCGUCGCCGCCAGACUACUUGCGUCGCUACCACCGAGCCAAAGCCUCGCAGGUCUUGGUGAAUGAUCUGGUCGACGAAACCGGAACAGAUAUUCCAACCUUCAUCAGCGCCCUUCAUGAGAACUACCCACCGUCUUGUAAUGGGGACGAUUUUACGGAUUCUUUUAACAACUGCAUCGAGGCACUAUCCGACAGUGAUAUCCUGAGCGCUGACCGCCGACUAGGAGGCGCGCGGGCAGGAGUCGGGACCGGAGCUACUGCGCUCAGUAGCGGUGUCGAUGUACUACGACAGGAGGAAAUGAGCUUCCAGGUUGCGGCGCGAGGCCUUCUUUUUGCGCUCCCAUACCCAGUGAAGAGGAAAGUCGGGCCCGGGGGUGCCCGAAGCCGCGCGGGUGAUGCCCACAAGAUGUUUUACCCAGCAUCUCUCCGUCUAUGGAGAGAGACUGAAGAAAUCGACGGACUGAUUGAUUCUUGGACAAAUCGAUUACUCGACCCCUUCAGCGAGUCUUUGACGGAUUCAAGCUCUGAUCUAACGGGUGUCAAAUCCUGGAAAACCCUCCAGAUAGGAAAGUCGGUGGCAAUCAGUUCAAGUGGUAAAGAAAAGCUCCCAAGUGUGAUCACAAUGAUGCCUCGCCAUGAUCUUCUACUGCAUCAGUUGCCCUACAUGGCCAUCAUCCGGCGCCAUGACCCGGACAGUUGGCAAUUGGACAAGAUCACCAGCAUCCGGGCCAAUGAUAGCCUUCGCGAAGAUGUCAUGGAUGAUGUAGAGGAACCUUCUCGGCAAUGGCGGUUGAAGCAGCCCAGUAGCAAUGCUUUUGGACCUCGGCUUCCCCAGGAAGAAGAGAAGCUGUUCCUCAGUGACGAUGACAUUGUGGAUUAG